AUGGUAGACACUGAGCUAAGGUUUGCAAAACUAUGUAAAAUGAUAAACUCACCAGCUGACCACAGUAAGCAUAAUGCGAUUGCUUAUUCUGAAGCAUGCAAGCGUGCUGUCGAAGAGCUGCAUAAAUCUUUAAGUGAAGAAGAAAGCACAAAUUUACAGUUAAAACGAUAUUGAUUACAGCAAAAAGAAAAAGCAGAAAGAGAGAAAAAACGCCAGCAAGACCUUCGUAUAGAAAAUAUGUUAUUCUUUAUAUAAAUAAUCAGCAUAAAAGGCUGUUAAAGUCAUUUUUUAUUUUUUAAUUGGGAUUACUUAUUAAAUUUAUUUCAAUUUAGAGCAUUCUUUAUCAUCUAAAAUAUUUAUUAAAGGACAAAUUAGAGAAAAAAGGCAGAGCAUUAAGAACGAAUCUAAUUGGGAAUCCCCAGAUAUUACAAGAAGUUAUGGGUCAGCAAAAUCGAUUGAAAAUUCAAUGGAAAAAUCCAUUAAUGAGAAAAAAUAUGAAUUUAAAAACCAAUUAGACGCUCAAAUCCAGGAAAAUCAUAAACUUAUGAAAGAGAAAAAGGCUAAAGAAGAAGUAAUGGACAAGUUUAUGCUGGAAAACGCCUUAUUUUCUUUACUUCCAACUUUAGGUAAUUUAAUGUUUUAGUUUGUUAAUAGUUGGUAAAUUUAUAAUAAUUAUUAAUUUCCUAUAAAAAAUAAUUUUUUAUUUAGAAUAUUUGAAGGUCUUAGAAAACAAAGAAUUAGAAAUAAUUUUAUUUUAUUUAUAUAAAUUAUUAUGAGGUUCAGGCUCAAAUUAACACAAGGCCAGCAGAGCUUGACUUAUAAAAUACUCCUAUAAAUUUUUUUUUAAAGACAUCUUUAAGUUUUGUUUGUUAUUAAAUAAGAAAGAUAGAAAAAGACUUAAAACUCAAAGAAAUGCAAAAACAGAAGCUUCAAAACCAGCUAAAAGAAUCCUGAGCUUUAUCAUCUCAAGUUAAAAAGCUUAAUAAAGGCAUAAACCAGCUAAGAAAUCUUAAAUAUUUCACAAUUGUUGACGAUCUCCAUCCUUCAAAAAAAUUUGUUCGAGAGAAAAUCAAUCAAAGCCAAAUCAGCAAAUCUGUAGCAUCCGAAAGACUUGAAUUUUUGCUGCACAAGGAAAAGAAAAUUAAAAAAGAAAAGAAAAGGCUCAAUCAUUAUUUAGAAUCAAGAAGGAGGUCAUUAAAAAGCGAAUUAAAUGGAAGCCCAUUGACCAUACCUGAUAUAAGAAAAGGCCGAGCAUUAUCUACAGCAAAAGAAUAUUAA